AUAUAGAUUGAAAGACGGCACGGUAUGACACUUUGCACUUGACGUUUGUGGUGUGAGAAAUUUCGAAUAAUUGGAAAGUAGAGUUUAGAAUUGUUUGUUUCCGGAAAAGGCUGGAUGAGCUUGAAGCAACAAGACGCAAAGAGCGUAAAUUUAGAAAUCAUCGUUCCUCCUUCCUUCCUUCCUUCCUAUAUGCUGUGCGUGCGUGCGUGAGUGAGUGCGAAUAGUUGUGUUGGUAAGCACCGGAAAUGUGCAUGAAAUGCAAACACUUUCGAUUUUAUUAUUGAUAAAGAAGCAAUUAAAAUGAUACAGUUUGCGAAUUGAAUCAACGGAAUCACCGUUAAAUAUAUAUUUAUAUGUAUAUUGGAGAAGUGUCGUGCGUGUAAAGUGCUUUCACCGCGCGAUAUUUAUAUUUGCAAUUUGCGUCUGCAUCAUCAAUACGUAGAACACUUUCUAAGCGCUCGCAUUGCUCUAACUGUUGAUUUGAUCGGUCUGGGGAUGAAAUGAAAUGUAUUUAUCUACGAAAGGAAAUAAUUAUAUAUGUGGGUAGUUAGUGGUAGGUAGAUAGGUAGACAGGUUGGUGUAUAGAUUGGAUGGAUAGAAGACUAAGAGCAGAGCGGUGCGGAGCAGUGGUACAGGUGUGUGCUUUCUUUUCCUUCGUGUGUCACACACACACAUACCAUCGAGGUCAGCGCGCGGCGGCGACGGUGAAGAAGUCUGCAUCGCUGUGUGCGUGUGCAUCGAACUACAAUUAGUAGAACAGACGACGAAGGUGGUGGUAAGUAAAACCACACGCGCUCUCUGCCACCUCAGUUCUUUGCCGUCCACGGAACAAGAGUUUCAGUUGCUGCUACUGCUGCUGCUGCUGGCAUACGAAAAGUUGUUGUUGUUAUUAGUAGUUGAGUGUUUUAGAGAAGUUUUAGAGUGAAUUGGUGAUGAGAUGGAGAUUAAGUGUUCGAUCGUCGACUCGGAUUUGAAACUAUUAUUAAUUUAGAGAGGAUCGACGACAACGACAACGACGAGUCGCUCCAAUGUCCGUCGACUGCUACACACUGCAAGAAUUACAUCAAGAAUAAUGCUGCUGAGGACUCGCAUCUGCGCUGGAUCAUGUGUGUGCUUCCUCCUGAUGACCGUCGUAUCUGCGAGUCCUUGGGCGAGUGCCGAGGAGGAGCGCCUGGACGAGUUGCGAGACGCCGAGAUCUACGAUGCGGUCGUCGUGUCGAUGAACGAGUUCCAUCGGCGGCAGACGCGUAACGGCCAGCAUCGCAAAAGGGUGCGAAGGGAAGAUCCGAGCGUGUGCUACGAUGAUGUGGGAUGUUUCGCGGCGUCCGGUCCCUUCAGUUAUCUGGACACGUUGCCCAGCAGUCCGGUGGAGGUGAACACGAGGUUCCUGCUGUAUCCGGCGCAGAGCAAACGGCGGAGCGGAAAUCCGCCGGGCGAGGUGCCCUUCCACAAUCUGACGGACGCCUUCGUCUGGGCCAAGCAGGGCUUCAACAAUUCCCUAACGACGAAGGUGAUGAUCCACGGUUUCGGCAGCGAUUGCACCCACAUCUGGGUGUACGAGAUGCGAAGCGCCCUCAUGGCAGUCGAGGAGGCGAACGUGAUAUGCGUGGAUUGGGGCAACGGAGCCCUCCUUCCAAACUACGUGAAGGCGACGGCGAACACGAGAUUGGUCGGUAAGCAGCUGGCGAUGCUGCUACGAGGUCUUGUCGAACAGGUCGGCUUCUCGCUGAGGAAGAUGCACCUGAUCGGGUUCAGUCUGGGUGCGCACGUGGCUGGUUUCGCGGGCGCCGAACUGGGCAAUCUCAGCAGGAUCACCGGCCUGGAUCCGGCGGGACCGCUCUUCGAGUCGCAGGAUCCGAGGGCUCGUCUCGAUCAGACGGACGCCGAUUUCGUGGACGUCAUCCACAGCAACGGCGAGAAUUUGAUCCUCGGCGGACUCGGUUCGUGGCAGCCGAUGGGUCACGUCGACUUUUACCCGAACGGCGGUCGCAUGCAGAAGGGCUGCACGAACAUCUUUGUCGGUGCCGUCAGCGACAUUAUCUGGUCUUCGGCAGUCGAGGGUCGUUCCCUGUGCAAUCAUAGGAGGGCCUACAAGUUCUUCACCGAUUCCGUUUCGCCUCGUUGCCAUUUUCCUGCGUUUCCCUGCAGCAGCUACGAGGAUUUCAUCGCCGGCAAGUGCUUUCCCUGCACCGAGGACAGCAAAUGCGGUAACAUGGGUUACUAUUCGGAUCGGUCCAAGGGCAGAGGUCAACUCUACCUGAUCACCAGAGACGAGGAACCAUUUUGCGCGCAUCAAUACCACAUCAAAAUCGAGAGUUCACCGAGCGACGUGCCGAUCGUCAGUUACGGUAAGAUCGAGGUGACGCUGAUCGGCAACGAACUGCUCAACGAGACAUUCACGCUGACGAGGAAGGAGGACGACGAGAUGAAACUGGGUUCGUCCGUCUCGAGGAUAAUUGUGCCGCAUCCGAUCCUGCUGGAACCGGGCAAGAUACAGGUGCAGUACAACGCGUACAGCGGUUGGCUUACCUCGGGAUUGACGCAGUGGCGCAUCGACAAGAUCACGCUGAGCGACAGCUUCGGACGCAGCUCGUCGGUGUGCAAGAAGAACCUGGUGCUAGAGUCCGGGGUGCCGGUGACGCUGCCUCUGUAUCCCGGUGAGUGCAACCUGCCGAAGGAAGGGAAAGCCGAUAAUCGGACAGCAGCAAAUGACGAGGCGUACAGGACGGACGAGAGGACGAAGAACGUGACGGAGAAGAAUCCGCUGCGCGAUGCCUUCGACAUAUUUAGCAUCCCUUGGAACGCGGAUGACAACAACAACAAUAUUGACAGCGCGGAAACGGAGCAGAGCAGGGCGUUCAACACGAGGAUCGUGAAGAUGACGCGCUCGAAUGCGACGUCGUCGUCGUCGUCAUCUUCGGGUGGAGCGGAACGGGAGAUAGUCGAGCCGGUGCUCAGGCCGCACGCGAUGAAGAUCGGCAGGUCGCACGAUCUAUCGAAACCGGAAAUCACGGAGCCCAUCCUCGGACCAACAACGGCCAGGAUAUCGACGACGACGAGGAAAUCGUCAUCGAUCAACGGUAAUCGUGAGCUUUUUUACAAUUUCUACGAUGUCGGCAACGAGAGCGAUUGGAUUCCGGCGCCGAAUCCAACCGCGCAGACAGCCGACCAAAAGUGGAAGAGGCAGGACGACGGAAGAUCGCCGCCACCGGAGGUGGUGAUCGUUGCAGGUGGUGGAAGCAGCAGUGGCACCGGCACCACAGAGGAUGCACUGAAAGUCAUCGUGAGGACGGUGCAGAUUCUGCCGCAGCGAUUGGCGCGCGUCUUCGAAGAGGCCGAAAAGUACGCGAGGGAAACGAUCCUGCCCUUUGUGAGCACUUACACUCCCAAAUUUAUAACAGAUUUCAUCACACCCAAGGAACCGCCGACUCCCAAAUAUCUACCCCUCAAGUACAACGAGGCCGAGCCGCACGAUAAGAGACUGCUGCUCUCGACGUCCACCGAAUCGACGACGAUGUCGUCGUCGCCGUCGUCCACGAUUGCCUCGAAUGCAUUUGAGUCGACAACCAGGUACAGCAACAUCCAGAAGAUCGGCAAGAGAUCCGAUAAUAUUGGGAAGGUGAGCGUGGUGUACGCGCAAACCCCCGCGACUGUUGCGGAAGUUGCGGCGCGAAAGUUGGUGGAUUCGUCUGAGGUGAAGAAGGUGAAGACGAAAGGUGGAAUCUACGUCGAUUUGCCCGUAUUCGAUGACAACUACAAGGACAUCAAGUACAUACCAUUGGUGCGGGAAAACAGUGCCAAACAGAUUAGUUGAAUAUUUUAAAUUAUUAAACACGCACCCCCCUCUCACCCUUCCGACUUAC